AUGAUCAGUAUCGGCAACAUUACUCAUCAUGAACUUGAAAUUACAGAAGCUAAAUCUUUUUUCUAUGUUGCUAUUUAUGGCGUUUACGCUAUUUUCGAGCGAAAUUGGCUAAAAGCAAAGAAUUAUUUUUUAGACAUUGGUAGUUUCUCAAAGUUUGGUUCACCUUGUAUCUGGAAUCGCGAUUAUCAUCCGUCAGAUGAAGUUUUCGAAAAAUUUAACAGUCAUCAAACCUAUCGUUACUAUGCAAUGUGGGGUGCAGCAAUCCUGUAUUUACUUGGCCUUGCAACAUUCCUGGUUUGCUCUAUUUUCGGGAUGAUUGGAUGUUGGCGACGGAGUACUAAGAUCGUUCUGACUACAGCACUGUUGAUGCUUUUUUCAGUAAUGUUUUUGGCUGGCUCAAUGGCUUGCUGGCACUUGGUUAACUACUUGGAGAGGCAUGUCUUAGAUGUUCCGUCAUUCUACAAAUCAUGGGAACCGAUCCUGAAACAGGCAACGAAAUUUAGCUAUGGUUGGUCUUACAUCGUUUCGUGGGCUGGAAUUGGUUUUAUUUUGUUGGCCUCUACAUUUAUGUUGUUGUCUUACAAGAAGAUCAAGGAAGAAGAAGAACGAGCUGUUGAGGUGAAACACGCACCGUACAUGGUGUCUAAUUACUACGAUAAGACGUCAGCAAUGGUUCCAUACGCUUAUGGCACCUAUGGAUAUGGAGCUGGAGCUUAUCCACCAUACUAUGGCCAGUAUAUGAACACGUUGAGCAAUGGAUACUACGGAUACAUGACCUAUGCUCGCUAA